UCCAGUUCCAGGGGGAAAAAAAUGUAAACGCGGUUAACAAAAAAAAAAAAGUAUAAUGUGAAAUAACCUUAAUAAAAGAUCUAAGGAAAUAACUAAAUAAAGCAAUUUUAUUUUAAAUCUGCUGUAUUAGGUAAAAUGUUGCUGACACGAGCGUAAAAUGAGAACGGAAAAUCGCCUUUAGACAAAAUAGCGCAAAAUAACGGUGGAAAUUCCGCCGGGCAGGUCCGUUGUCGGUGCCUCAUCGACACGAAUAUAACGAUAAUGUGCAACUAAAAAGUAUUAUUAUUUAGUUACGUAUGUGCACUACGUAGUAUUAUGUACAGUCGUGACAGUAAUACAUCAGUCGGGCACGUUGUAAUUUGUAAUAACAAACAAUAAUAAUUAUAAAUAAUAAUAAUACGUAAACAUUUUACAAUAGCUUCAACGACCGGCGGCCGCGUAUGGCAUCCGUAUCGUAUUGUGUACGUUUACGGCCGUUUUGGUAACCACUGGUCUACCAAUUGUUUUCGUUCGGUUGAGGAAUUCAAGUGUGUGUGUGCAUAUGUGCGUAGUGCGUGCGUGCGUCUUUGCGUUUGUGUGUGCGUGUGCGUGUGUGUGUUUGCUCGUAAAUAAAACAAUUUUCUCGCGAUAAUUAAAACAUUCCACUGGACUACAAUCACUACUGGAGGCGAAUAUCGAAAAGAGAAGAAAAAAAUUUAACACCUAAUCACACUAGCCGUUAAAAUAAUAUUUUUAUUUUAUAAGGCUUUUUUUUUUCUACAACGGUCUUCUUGGUUUUCUGUUUGCCGUCUACGGCAAAUACGGUAGUGUCAGUCGUGUGCACUGAGCAGCUGCAGCGGUGGUCACUGGUCAGUUGCGGUCGUCACCGCCGCCCAACAACGGUAGCAGCGCCAGCGAAAAGAUAUUUAGAGUAAAAUAUUAAUAUCAUCAUCAUUCAUCGUCUUCACUCGACGUCGCCCGCGAACUGACGUGCACGCUCGACGCUCAGUGUCCGUGUACCGUCCGAUAACAAGAUAGGGUAGUCAGACGUCAGCGUCUCUGUGUGGCCCGUGCAACAGUGCCGACUCCGGUCCUCUACCCGCCCUCUUUGCCACCCGACGGAUGUCCGGGUGCUGGACGCUAUGAAAGAACUCAACCGAUCGGCGUCCACCAAAAAGAAACCGAUCAACAAUUCAAAUGGUAUGAUCAGAAAGGUGUCGUCGCUGUUCAGUCUGGACGCUCAGAUGAACGGCAACGCCAAGCCCGAAUGGAUCUCCGACGAGAUCUCCUUGGAAAGAGGCGACUCUGGACUGGGCUUCAGUAUAGCCGGUGGUACAGACAAUCCACAGACCGACGACGAUACGUCCAUAUUUAUUACAAAAAUAAUUCCUGGCGGUACAGCCUAUCGAGACGGUCGGUUAUGUGUCAACGAUAUCAUCACCAAAGUUAAUGAUACGCCUGUUGUUGGUGUUCCUCAUUCAACCGCAGUGGAUGCACUCAAACGAGCAGGACACACAGUUACAUUAUGUGUAAAACGCAAGAAAAACAUUUUGCCUCUAGGGCCAAAUGUCUUAGAAAUAGAACUCAGUAAAGGCACCAAGGGACUGGGAUUCAGUAUUGCUGGUGGUAUUGGCAAUCAACACAUACCUGGUGAUAACGGAAUUUUUGUUACUAAAAUAAUGGAUGGAGGUGCUGCCCAAGUAGAUGGUAGAAUAUUGGUCGGCGAUAAACUAGUUGCAGUCAAAAACACUCUUCUUGGUGAUCGUAAUUUAGAAAAUGUAACACAUGAAGAAGCCGUAUGGACAUUAAAAAAUACCCGUGAGAAAGUGGUAUUGGUCAUUGGUAAAACUGAACCAAUCACAUACACAGAUUCUGCACCGUCGCCAAUUAUUACUGAUACCAUUCCAAAUUCAUAUUCUACAGACACAUUAAAUACUGUAAAAAGUUAUGAAAGCUUACCAAACCAUGAUAUAAGGACAGUAGUGUUACAUAAAGGUUCAGGGGGAUUAGGAUUUAACAUUGUUGGCGGUGAAGACGGAGAAGGUAUAUUUAUAUCAUUCAUUCUUGCCGGUGGUCCAGCCGAUCAAACUGGGCAAUUAAAAAGAGGAGACACUAUUCUAAAAGUAAAUGAAGUUAGUUUGGAUAAUGCAACACAUGAAGAAGCAGCAGAUGCCCUCAAAAAUGCUGGACAAACUGUUUUAUUAACAGUUCAACAUCGACCUAAAGAUUAUAAUAGGUUUGAAGCCAAAAUUCAUGAAUUAAAAUCUCAACUUGCUGCUUCUACUGGCACAUUGAUACGCACUACUCAGAAAAAAACAUUGUUUGUCCGUACCCUAUUUGAUUAUGAUCCAUCCAGUGAUGACGGCUUACCUAGUAUUGGACUACCGUUCAAAUAUGGUGCAAUUCUUCAUGUGACUAAUGCAAGUGAUGAUGAAUGGUGGCAGGCACGAAAAGUUUUAGCUACUGGCCGAGAAGAAGGUAUUGGAAUUAUACCAUCCAAACGCCGAUGGGAGCGUAAACAAAAAGCCCGUGAUAGAUCUGUAAAGUUUCGAGGAAAUGAAAGCAAAAGUUUAGAUAGGUUAUCAACAUUAGAAAGGAAAAAAAAAUCAAUGACUUUUAGUAGAAGAUUCCCAUGGGUGCGAAGAGGUAAAGAUGGUAAAUAUGAAAAUGGCCUUGAUGAUAUGGUAUUGCAGAGGCAGUCUAGAGAAAAUAUAUGUGAAAAGGUUGAAGAGACUCCUUCUUAUGAAGCAGUGGUUCGGCUUCAAAUCUCUUAUGCAAGACCUGUCAUCAUACUUGGUCCAUUAAAGGAUAAAAUCAAUGAUGACCUAAUUUCAGAAUAUCCAGAACGUUUUAGUUCCUGUGUUCCUCACACAACACGAGAAAUAAGACCAGAUGAAGUUGAUGGUCGUGAUUAUCAUUUUGUAAAAUCUCGAGAACAAAUGGACCUUGACAUCCAAAAUCAUUUGUUUAUUGAAGCUGGACAAUUCAAUGGCAACCUAUACGGUACAUCUGUUUCAUCUGUUCGUCACGUAGCCGAAUCGGGUAAACAUUGUAUACUUGAUGUAAGUGGUAAUGCCAUUAAACGACUUCAAGUGGCUGGAUUGCAUUCUAUAGCAAUAUUCUUCAAGCCAAAGAGCGUUGAAGCAUUAAUGGAAAUGUGCAAACGUAUGAGCGAAGUAGAAGCAAGAAAACAUGUAGAACGGGCAGCUAAAAUAGAACAAGAAUUUGGUGAUCAAUUUACAGGUAUAGUACAAGGUGACACAUAUGAGGAAGUGUAUGAUAAUGUAAAAGCAAUGAUUGAAAGAAAUUCUGGUAGACACAUUUGGGUAUCUUCUAAAGAGAAAUUAUAAAUAAUAAAAUAAUUGUAAAAUUUUAGACAGAUUUAGGUAUAACAAAAGAAAUAAUUGACGCUUACUUGUUAUCAGGGGUACAAUUUUUGUGUACUUUCAUCAAUUGUUUUUUGUUUGUCAUUAAUUGUUAUGUUUCUAUUAUGUUAAUGAAUUUUAUUGAACUCUGCAUUUAAUUUUGUAGAACGACUUAAGCAUUCUAAAAAAUAUUAUGGUGGAUGGGUGUAAAAAAACCUCUAGCUUAAUUUGUCCGUAUUUUUUCUCUUUUUUGGCAACUAUUUUAAUUUAUGAUUGAAAUGUAGUCUAGUCUUAAUUCUGUACUUGUUACAAUUUCUAUUUGAAAAUUAAUUAUUGUUGAUAUCUAUCAUUUUUUUUUAACAUUAACGCAAAAGCCGUGCCAAAGUUCCUUUAAUCAAAUUUAAGUUUAAAUAUAUAGUAAAAAAAAUAUAUAUUUUUUGUGCAAUUAGAACUAAAUCAAAUUCCUGCUCAAUGUUUCUUUUCUUAUUAAGUAUAAACAUCUUUUUUUCAUGUUUUAACAUAUAUUUUUCUUAUCAAUUGUAUUAUUUUCCAAACUUAAUUUUGUUACAAUAAUCACGUGUCUAACAUGUAGUAGUGCCUUUUUAGUUAUUAUUUAUUUGAAUAUUUAAUUAUUAAUAUUAACUAAUGAAUUAUUAACAAAUUAAUUUAUUGUAUGUUAACUAUAUGUAUAUGUGCUUUAUAACAGAAUGCACCUCAACAUGAAACUUGUUGAAACAAAUAUAAUUUUAUGUAUUAUGUAUUAUUAUUAUUAUCAAUAUUAUUAUUAUUAUUAUUAUUAUUAUUAUUAU